AAUGCAUCAGUCUCAGACCCACGUGCUCCUUCUAAAGCCCCUUCAAGUUGGUGGAACACGAGCAGUGAUCACUGUUCCUGGAAAGGUGUCACAUGCAAGGCUAAUUCCGAUGAGUCUCAAAGGAGAAAUUCCUUCUUCAUUUGGAAGCCUUUCUCAUCUCAUGCAGCUUGACCUCUCUCAUAAUGAGCUGCGAGGUGAAAUUCCAUCUUCGAUAGGAAACUUGUCCCGUCUCACAGUUCUUGAUCUUAGUAUGAAUGGGUUGAUAGGUGAAGUUCCGCCUUCAAUUGGCAACCUAAACCAGCUUAAAGUUAUGAGCUUUCAAUCAAACAACUUGAGUGGUAACAUUCCUAGUUCCUUUGCCAAUUUAAACAAGCUGUCAGAAUUAUCUCUCAGAGAUAACCAAUUCUCUGGUGGGGAUUUUUCUCUUAUACUACCAAAUUUAACCAGCUUGUCCCAAUUAUACCUUAACAAUAAUCACUUAAAAUCCACGCUCCCAUAUAACAUGAGUGGACUCCAUAACUUGGUGGACUUUGAUGCAAGUGAAAACUCCUUUGUUGGGAUUGUCCCUACAUCUCUAUUUACGAUUCCUUCGUUAAAAGAGGUUUCCUUGAAGGGAAACCAAUUCAAGGGACCCUUAGAGUUUGGGAAUGCAUCUUCUGAGUUUUACUUUCUAGAACUUUGUUAUAACAACUUCUACGGACCAAUCCCUGAACAUAAAACUGGACUUCUCAAACUCCAAAUUUUAGAUCUAAGCCAUAACAGUUUCACUGGGUCAAUCCCUGGAUCUAUAUCCAAAUUAGUCUCUCUCAAUGAUCUAGAUCUCUCCUACAAUAAGUUGGAAGGUCAAGUACCUAGUUUCUUGUGGGGGCUAGAAUCCUUUACACUUUCUCAUAAUUCUUUCAGUAGCGUCGAGGAAGUACUGCAAGUUGUCGUCAAUGGAAGUCGUUCUGGUUCAGUUUCAUUCCUAGCACCAAUAUUUUGCAACUUCGAUCUUGGUUCAAAUUCACUGCGAGGACUAUUUCCAAGACAAAUUUGUACGUGCACAUCACUAUACUUCUUAGAUCUGUCAAACAACCAUUUCACUGGUUCCAUUCCUUCAUGUUUGAUGAAUUGCACUGCUUAUGUUCACAUCAUAAAUCUAAGAAACAACAGCUUGAGAGGGUUCCUUCCAGACAUCUUUACCAAUGCGACCAGUUUACGAUCCCUAGACGUUAGCCAUAACCAGUUAGCCGGGAAGCUUCCAAAAUCUUUGAUCAACUGCAAGUCUAUGGAAUAUCUGAGUCUGAAAGAAAACAAGUUCAAGGACACGUUUCCAUCUUGGUUGAGUUCUUUGGGACUGUUACGUGUUCUGUUUCUCAGAUCAAAUGCAUUAUAUGGUCCAAUCUCUUCACAUCUUGGGUUUCCUAGUCUGCGAGUCAUUGACAUAUCGAACAAUAGCUUCAACGGUACACUGCCACAAGAUUAUUUUGUGAACUGGCGUGAAAUGUCGACGGUGUGGGUAGAGGGACUCGGAUUUAUGCCUGACCAUACUAUGGGCGACGACAAUAUGUAUACAACGUAUAUUGGCAAAGUAUACAUUUAUAAGGAUUCGAUGGAUAUGGUGUAUAAAGGUGUUGUCACAGAGUUUCCACAGAUCUUUCUUGGCUACAAAGCCAUUGAUUUUUCUGGAAACAAAUUCACCGGACAAAUCCCUAAAUCAAUUGGCUUUUUGAAAGAUUUGCGCCAUGUAAAUUUUUCAAGAAAUGCAUUUACAGGCAGUAUCCCAUCAUCCUUGGCAAAUAUAACAAAUCUCGAAGCACUAGACCUCUCUCACAACAAGCUUUCGGGUACUAUUCCUCGUGAUCUCGCCAGGCUCUCCUUCUUGUCAUACGUGGACUUCUCCCACAACUUUCUCCAAGGGCCAGUUCCAAGAAGCACUCAGAUUCAAACCCAAAAUUGUUCUUCAUUCGAGGACAACCCUGGACUCUAUGGUCUCGAGGAAAUCUGCGGAGAGAUCCAUGUUCCGGAUCCAACAUCGGGGAAUUCACAACAAUCCGAGGAAUUUUCAUCCGAAGAGUCAGAAGAAGUGUUGAACUGGAUAGCAGCUGCAGUAGCCUACGGACCAGGUGUGUUCUGUGGAUUGGUGAUUGGUUAUAUCUUCUUCACUUCACACAAACACAUAUGGUUCAUGGAAAAGUUCGGUGGAAUCAUCAAAGUUCGUUAAGUGCAUCACCACUCUCAGCUUUGUCUCUUUAAGCGUCUUAUAAGUCUGUACUUCCAAUAACUGGUUCGUCAAACUGUUGUGUUUGUAAUUUUCGGUUUGAGUUUUCGUUCUAUUAAAGUGUUGGUGUUAAUGUUAUUAUGGUAACUAGAGUCUCUGUCCGCGCUACGCGCGGAAAAUAUGUUUAAACAAUUUAUGUUUACGAUUGAGAUAUUAUAAUAAUAUUAAGAAUUUAGUUUGCAA